ACAAAUUGUCAUAUUAACAGAAACAAAUUCGUCGCGCAAUAAUUUUCAACAACAUAAAUUACUUCAAAACUAUUAAAACUAUUAAGUAUCUGUUCAGAUGAUGAUACCUUGCGGACUUAGCUAUCAUCAAAACCGUAAUCAACCAGUCAGUCAGUCAAAUUAAAGGCACGAAUAAAUAUCUAAAUUAUUAUAUACGAGUGGAUUUUCCAAAAAUUAUGUUUUAUUAGUCUUGACUUCAGACGUACCGUUUCAAUCUCCAAGUUCAUCGUGUCUUUUUUCUUCAUUGCGCAAGUAUUCAGUAACCUAUCGCCUUGCGUACAAGGCGCGUAAUGGGUUAAAUGGGGAUACCAGCUCUAUUCUUCUAACAGGCAGGUGUCCCACCAGUCCCAGCCCAGCUUUAGCACUCUUUCAACAUCUCAUAAGCAAUUAAACUGUCACUUGGGAGCAAGGGCGAGUUAUGUGGUCAGGAGAUCGCCUGGGAAGAAGCCGAUUGGAUCUUUUUGAGAAAAGUUCUGAAGUAUAAAUAGAGCAUCUUCAUCUUUCAAGAAUUCAGAUACCUGAUCGAACAACAACUUCACAGAAUAAUUUACCUCAAUUGAACUUCAACGUGUAGGCUAAGCUAUUGGACACGCGAUUUAUUAAAAAAAAUAGAUUUUUGAAUUUGUACUAUUACAUUUCAAUCAAUAUAGAAUUAUUCUCUCAAUAUCUCUCUAAAUUAUUUGAAAACUGAUUAACACCGGAGAUGUGGUGGUUGCUGUUUCCUCGUUGGAUCUGGUUCUUUGCGGGGCAGUCCGUGUUUCUGUGGCCGGACCAGCAAGUCAUAGCCAUCUCUGUAUCCCGGUUAGCCAACGCCCAUUCCGGGAUCUGCCCCAACGAGAUUAAUCCCAACCUGUGGGUCGACGCCAUGAGUACCUGCCUGCGGGAGUGCGAGUCCGACCAGGAGUGUGAGAGGUUUGAAAAGUGCUGUCCCAACGUGUGUGGGAAACAGAGUUGUGUGGCAGCACGUUACAUGGGCAGCAGCAGAAAAGUCAGUCCCGUGGGCUUGCCGAAAGAGGCCAUCUGUGCCAACUUUGUGUGCACCCAGCAGGGAUCUGAGUGUGACGUCUGGGAGGGCCAGCCCGUGUGCAAGUGCAGGGACCGCUGUGAGAGAGAACCCCACUUCACCUGCGCCUCGGACGGCAUGACCUACUACAACAAGUGUUACAUGGACGCUGAGGCCUGCUCCAAGGGAAACUCCAUCUCUGUCGUCACCUGUAGCUUCCAUCUCACGUGGCCAAACACCAGCCCACUACUGCCCCUGGAAACCACACACUUUCCAACUACCGCUCCCCCCCCGAAGACACCCACUCCCCCGACGGAUCCCCAACCGCCAGUAAUGGCCAGCAGCCCGUCGCAACAGUUGAUAAACGCCGGCGACACGGCCAGCUUCUUGUGUGUGGUCACAGGGUCCCCGCGGCCUGAGAUCAGUUGGCAGAAGCAACAGCGGGAGCAGGACGAAACAGAGAAGGUCGUGAUGCGGCCCAAUCAUGUGAUGGGAAAUGUGGUGGUCACCAACAUUGGCCAGCUGGUGAUCUACAACGCCCGGCUUCAGGACUCCGGGAUCUACACCUGCACUGCCAGCAAUCCCUCUGGCUCGGCCCAAGUCCACCACGCCCUCACCGUGGUGCCCGUGGAGCCCCCGAGGGGAGAACAGCCCAGGAACACGACCCGCUGCUCGGCCGCGGAGUGCCAGAAGCCCCCGGACACAGCGGAGGACUGCGUCGGUGAAGAGAGUGUAAGCUGGUAUUACGAGCCGCAGAGGAACAGCUGCUUCUCCUUCACUCACGCCGGUUGUCACGGCAAUGCGUACAGGAAGCCGUUGGAGACAUACGAAGAGUGCAUGUCGUGCUGCGGUCCCGAGGUCUCCGCCCCAUGCAGCCUGCCCAGCCUGCAGGGUCCCUGUAAGGCCUACGAGCACCGCUGGGCCUACAGCAGCAGCCUGAGACAGUGCCAGUCGUUCAUCUACGGAGGUUGCAGCGGUAACGCCAACAACUUUGAGUCCAGAGAGGCCUGUGAGGAGAUGUGCCCCUACCCUAAGGACCAACACUGUAGAACCUGCAAACCAAGAGGCAAGAUGGUGACCAGUUUCUGUGGGAGUGACUUUGUGAUCCUGGGGAGAUUGUCUGGGCUGAAGGAGGAGACGGACUCGGGCAAUGCCCUGGUCAGUGUGGAGGAGGUCCUGAAGGAUGACAAGAUGGGCCUCCGUUUCUUUGGCAAGGAGCUUCUGGAAGUGACCUUCCUCAACAUGGACUGGAACUGCCCCUGUCCAAACAUCAGCGAAGGUCAGGUCAUUGUCAUGGGUGACGUGAGGGACGGCAUCGCCGUGCUGCAGCCGGACAGCUACAUGGCAGCAUCCACCCCACGUAGGGUACGGAAGCUCAGAGAGGUCAUCAGUAGGAAGACCUGUGACAUUCUUAAAGUGUUCCCCACCACUCAGUAGGCCCGGGACAGAGGGAUGGGGAUGACCAAAGUACACAGCAAAACGUUUCAAAAAUGAAACACAGCCCUGUUCUCUGUUGUCUUUUUUUAAAUAGUAUUUGUACUAAUCUGCAUGUUGGCCAAAUGGUGGUUCCUCCCUGUUUUGGUCUGAGUGCUGGCUUCUAAUUGAAAAAACAUUUGUCAGGACACAUGAGACAUUCAUCAAGCCCUCUAGUUGUCUCACUCCCUCUAGAUGUGCCUUUCUGGAAAUCGACCCAGCAGACUUUGCUCUUUUGAAGUACUUAAAAGAAACACAAUGUUCUGGUGUUUGUAAUUUACUUAAAGUUGUCAUGGAUGUUUCUUUGGUUAUUUUAAAAAGUAUUUGUUGUCAUGUUACAGAUCAUUAAUUUUGGAUGAUUACGUUUUUUCCUUACCUAUCUGGUAGAACCAGUCCCACCGUGUCUGUGUAAUGAGCUGGAGGAUUUAGUUGGUCAGUGCGUUUGAAUAAGCUGUACUGUAAUAUGUUCUCUCCAUUACAUUUCUCAAAGAAUCAGAAUUAAUUUUUUACGAUAAAGCACCUUAAGGCUUGUUAUCCUGUGUUAUCAACCUCUUCUUUUAUGAUAUUGCUAUUUAUUGCUCUAUAAGCUGUUUGUUCUUCUGUUGACUUGCUGAGAAUUCUGCCCACAGCACUUUUUAUACAUUUUAUGUUGGAAUGUUUUUUAUUUUUGUAGUUUUUUAUGAUGUCUGUUCUAAGUUCAA